CGGCCGUCAGUUCACGCCAAGAAACCGGACGCUUCGUGUCUCAGUUGCUGCGAAGCGUGAAAGCGAGAACGAAAGAGAUUUGCUCGAGUGAUCGGUAAGGAUCGAGAUCCAAAAAAUUUCACGCUGACUUGUUGCUACUGCGGAUAGUUCGCCGUGAUAGAAUUGAGUGGCUAACGCGGCCUGGUUUUUACCAGUAUUCUUAUCGGACACGAUUUGCGCUGAUAAUGGAGGCUGAAUUAGCUAAUACGACCAGUGGCGCGAUUCCGUGGAAUGAUGACGACAUUACCUGGUCCACGACAAUUGCGCCGUUCACACCCGAGGAGGAAGAUGCUAUGGUCAGCAUAAUUGUAAUAGUAAUCGGUGUAAUCGUUGCUGUGAUCGGACUCUUCUCAAUGGGUAUCUUCAUCGAUUGCAGACACCAGAAAUCCGAUUCGUCAAAACGACGGAGACCCUUGAGGCUCAAGAUGCCGCCUACGGGGAGAAGGAGGGGCGACAGGAGGCUCAAAAACGAGGAUGACAGAUCUAUUGCAACGGAUAUGUGCACGAAUGGUACGAGUGAUCCGGAGCCACGUGACUUCGUCAAUAUAGUUUGAUCGGAACUGAAAACUGAGGUCGUCAUCUAAGACCUGGAAACUAUCUCUAAUGCGACUAAUAAUAGAAAAUAUAUUUUUUCCGACUCAUUUUGAAGCCUAGAUUCGGCAUUAAGAUGAGUCGCGAUGGUUUAUCGUUGUAAAAAAACCAAUUUAUGCAAAAAAAGAAAGUUGAUUUGUCUCGUGGCAACCAUUUUUUUGAAAGAUAAUCCAGUAAAAAUAAUUUCAUUAUAGGAUAGAUAGACAUAUUGCUACUAACCACUGCCAAACGGCUUAUUAAAUUUGACCGUUAAUUUUCUCAAACUAUUCGAAUAACCUGCAGAAACCCUAUAGUAUUUUUACGAUUUUUUCUCUUCUUGCUCCUUUCUUUUUUUCAUUAUUUUUGAUUGUUCAUCCAUCAUUGCUACUACGUAAAAAUAAAGAGCAUAAAUGAAUUUCAUCAAUCACGAUGGACGUACGUACAUACAUGUGUACACAUGUGCACGCUUACUUCGUGUUUGUAAACUUGAGACGAUCAUUAUCAUCUGAUCUUGCGAUUGAAAAGUACAAUUAACAGUACGUAUAAGUAUAAUCAAAUCAUAAUACCGAUAUCGCAAGACCGAUAUAAGCUGAAAAGGGUAAUCUGAAGUUGACGAAAUUUAUUAAAGCGGUGUUAAUCUUGUGCCUAUUAUAUAUAUACACAAACGAACCUCGAUACUUUUGUAUCGUAUAUGCGUAUAUUAUAAUCUCUACGACUCGUGCGUUGUAUCAACGCGUUAGAAAUAAUUUAUAUCAAUUGUAUACAUAUUAUAGGUGUAUAGAAUAUUCUCUAAUCGCCCUCGAAAUAUGCAGCGAUUUAAUUGGCAGCAUGGAAAGUGUUUCCUUUUUCUCUUUCGUAAACCGCGAAUUCAUUCUUUUCAUCAUCCGAUUCUUGUAUUUGCUAUUUUAAUCUUUGGACAAGCGUUACGAGUCUAAGUAUAGUUUUUUAUUUGCAAUUAAUCCUCAUAUACGAAACUGUAAAAGAUAAGCAGCGAGCCUUUCCACCGGCUGCUGAUUGAAAAAACAAUAUUGUAGACGUGUUUAUCGUAUCAGUUUGUAAGGAGUCAGUGCAAGGAGAAAACUUUAUUGUACCGUUCGAUUAGGCAUGUGUAUCAGAUCUACCGAUAUACUUUGCAAGGGGUGAUUACAAAUGUCUGUAAAAUACAAAUUGACUCUUUUACCAAAGCGUGUAUUACAGGUAUAAUUAUGUAAUAAUUUACCAGUGUCUAUAAGUCUUCUUACCCAACGAAAAGUUUGUACAUACGUGAAAAAACGAUUGAGGAUAUUAUUAAAAUAUAUUCCCAACAA